AUGGUUCAACAACUCAGUCUAUUCGCUUCAAUACCUAAAUCCCAAUACAAUCUAACAAUUGCCUCGUUGGCCACAUUAACAGGCUUCCAACCCUCACAAUUCCAAAGUUAUAAUCUAAUAUGUUCUCCAAAGACAAUAGUGAAAUAUGAACCAAAUAGUAAAAAUGCCCAAUAUGAACAAUAUAAAAUAAUAAUGAAGUCUCCAUUCAAUGAAGAUGAAGAUGAUCCCAAGGGUUCUAAAGAAUGGAUAAUGCAAGUUAAUGAUAUACCAUCUGCUGGUAAAAGGAAAAUAAAUAUACAAAGUUUAUUAGAAUCAAAUAUUCAAUUGAAUUCAAAUCAAACAAUUGAAGAAUCUUUAGGUGAUUUAGGUUAUAAAAUUGAAUCAGAUUAUGUUUUAAAAGGUGAAAGAUUCUUCCAUCAGAAUAAUAUAACUAUUGAAAUAUUCCAAAUAUUGUUAAAGAAAGAGGAUGGUCAAUGGAGUGUUUUAAAUGAUGAUGGAUUUGUUAUUAAAACUUUUAUAAAUGUGGAAAAAUCAACAGAUAUUGAAAAUUUACAGAAAUCUAGUCAAAUUUUAUUGAAUUUGAAAAAUGAAUUACAAGGUUUGAUUGAAUUGGAUAUACCUGAUAGAAAUUCAAUGGAUUCAAGAAUCGGAUUAAGAAAGUGA